GGCCACGAGCCCAGCCUGGGGGUGGUGUGGGGUCCGCCGGACGGCGCGGACUGGAGGCGCCCGCCGCCGUGGACGGGCUCGGCGGGCUGGCCUGUGGUGCAGGAGGAGGGGUUGGGGCCCCGCAAGCAGUACCAGGAGAAGGGGGGAGGCAGCCCCGCAGUGCAGGAGCGUGGGGAGGCCCGCGCCGGGGUGCAGGAACAGGGGGAGGGGAGCCCACGCAGGCUGCUGCAGCAGCCCGAGCCGCUCUCCGAGUUUGGGGACCGUUCCUGGGAGCGCGGGGAGGGGCUCGAAAGUUCCGGGGAGCCGGGGGCUCAGCACUGGGAGAGCUGCGGGCACCUCAGGCGGGAGGCAGUGGUCCUGGGAGCGGCCCCGACACGCCGCGAGAGACUCGAGCUGGUGGGGAGGGCCAGGCCUGUGGGGCCCCAGGGGCCUGAGGGGGAGGGGCGCCUGGGGGUGCAAGAAGCAAAUUGGUUGCCCGGGGUGCAGGAAGGACAGGUGGUGCGGGCUGUUCAGGAGACAUACCUGGACGGGAAGGGGUCCCAGGAGGGAGAGGGGCCCCCCGAGGGGCACAGGAUCCGGAGGCGCCGGCGGAGGAGGAGGUGGUAACCUACAGGCCGGCUGCCCAGCGCCCGGAUCGCUCAAGGGCCGUGGUGAGCGCAAGAUGUAGGGGUUUGGGGAUUGGAGCAUUAGAAGCCACUGCCCCAGAGCGGGCAGUGUGUCCUGCUGGAUCCUCUUCUGCCACCUCAGCCUGGACAUCAUCGAAACUGUGUCUGCAGGGAGGCAGCCGAAGGCAGCAGAGGCUGGGGAGCAGCAGCAUGCAGCCCGAGGAGGGCACGGGCUGGCUGCUGGAGCUGCUGUCCGAGGUGCAGCUACAACAGUACUUCCUGCGGCUCCGCGAUGACCUCAAUGUUACCCGCCUGUCCCAUUUUGAGUAUGUCAAGAAUGAGGACCUGGAGAAGAUUGGCAUGGGCCGGCCUGGACAGCGGCGAUUGUGGGAGGCUGUGAAGAGGAGAAAGGCCAUGUGCAAACGCAAGUCUUGGAUGAGCAAGGUGUUCAGUGGAAAGCGACUGGAGGCUGAGUUCCCUCCUCAUCACUCUCAGAGCACCUUCCGGAAGACCUCGCCCACUCCAGGGGGCCCAGCAGGGGAGGGGCCCUUGCAGAGCCUCACGUGCCUCAUUGGGGAGAAGGACCUGCAUCUCUUUGAGAAGCUAGGAGAUGGCUCCUUUGGCGUGGUGCGCAGGGGCGAGUGGGACGCCCCCUCGGGGAAGACGGUGAGUGUGGCUGUGAAGUGCCUGAAGCCUGAUGUGCUAAGCCAGCCAGAGGCCAUGGAUGACUUUAUCCGGGAGGUUAAUGCCAUGCAUUCCCUGGACCAUCGAAACCUCAUUCGUCUUUAUGGUGUGGUGCUCACGCCACCCAUGAAGAUGGUGACAGAGCUGGCGCCGCUGGGAUCGUUGUUGGACCGGCUGCGCAAGCACCAGGGCCACUUCCUCCUGGGAACUCUGAGCCGCUACGCCGUGCAGGUGGCUGAGGGCAUGGGCUACCUAGAGUCCAAGCGCUUUAUUCACCGUGACCUGGCUGCCCGAAAUCUGCUGUUGGCCACCCGUGACCUGGUCAAGAUUGGGGACUUCGGGUUGAUGCGUGCACUACCCCAGAAUGACGACCACUAUGUCAUGCAAGAGCAUCGCAAGGUGCCCUUUGCCUGGUGUGCUCCCGAGAGCCUGAAGACACGUACCUUCUCCCAUGCCAGUGACACCUGGAUGUUUGGGGUAACAUUGUGGGAGAUGUUCACCUAUGGCCAGGAGCCCUGGAUUGGCCUCAAUGGCAGUCAGAUUCUGCAUAAGAUUGACAAGGAGGGGGAACGUCUGCCGCGGCCUGAGGACUGCCCACAGGAUAUCUACAAUGUCAUGGUUCAGUGCUGGGCUCACAAGCCAGAGGACAGACCCACCUUUGUGGCCCUGCGGGACUUCCUGCUGGAGGCCCAGCCCACUGACAUGAGGGCGCUUCAGGACUUUGAGGAGCCAGACAAGCUGCACAUCCAGAUGAAUGACGUCAUCACCGUCAUCGAGGGAAGGGCUGAGAAUUACUGGUGGCGUGGACAGAACACCCGGACACUGUGUGUGGGACCCUUUCCUCGCAACGUGGUGACCUCCGUGGCUGGCCUUUCAGCCCAGGACAUCAGCCAACCCCUGCAGAAUAGCUUCAUCCACACGGGACAUGGCGACAGUGACCCCCGCCACUGCUGGGGCUUCCCUGACAAGAUUGAUGAACUGUACCUGGGAAACCCCAUGGACCCUCCUGACCUGCUGAGCGUGGAACUGAGCACCUCCCGACCCACCCAACAUCUAGGAAGGGUGAAAAGGGAGCCUCCACCUCGCCCACCUCAGCCUGCCAUCUUCGCUCAGAGUAAGUGGGGCUGCUCUCGAUGCCUUGGCCCCUGCCCCUGCCCCCUCUCUCCUCUCAUUCCUCCUCUCCUUCUGAAAGAGCCAACCUACGACCCAGUGAGUGAGGACCAGGACCCUCUGUCCAGCGACUUCAAGAGGCUGGGCCUCCGGAAACCAGGCCUGACCCGUGGGCUGUGGCUGGCGAAGCCCUCAGCUCGGGUGCCGGGCACCAAGGCAGGGCGUGGCGGCGGGAGCGAGGUCACACUCAUUGACUUCGGCGAGGAGCCUGUCGUCCCCGCCCCCCGGCCCUGUGCACCCUCACUGGCACAGCUGGCCAUGGAUGCCUGCUCCUUGCUGGACAAGACUCCACCGCAGAGCCCCACUCGGGCACUGCCCCGGCCCCUGCAUCCCACACCUGUGGUGGACUGGGAUGCCCGCCCGCUGCCCCCGCCUCCUGCCUACGACGAUGUGGCCCAGGAUGAGGACGACUUUGAAGUCUGCUCCAUCAACAGCACCCUGGUGGCUGCAGGGGUCUGUGCUGGGCCCAGCCAGGGUGAAACCAAUUAUGCCUUUGUGCCUGAGCAGGCGCAGCUCCUCCCUCCCCUGGAGGACAAUCUGUUCCUCCCACCCCAGGGUGGGAGCAAGCCGCCCAGCUCGGCCCAGACCGCGCAGAUCUUCCAGGCGCUGCAGCAGGAGUGCAUGCGGCAGCUGCGGGUCCCGGCUGGCUCCCUGGUCCCUUCACCUGACCCAGUCCCAGCGGGUGAGGACAAGCCCCAGGUGCCCCCCCGGGUGCCCAUCCCCCCGAGGCCCACUCGCCCACGUGGUGAGCUGUCUCCAGCCCCCUCAGGUGAGGAGGAGAUAGGGCGGUGGCCUGGACCUGCCUCCCCUCCCCGGGUGCCUCCCCGGGAGCCCCUGUCCCCUCAAGGCUCGAGGACCCCUAGCCCCCUGGUACCACCUGUAAGCUCCCCACUGCCACCCCGGCUCUCAAGCUCACCUGGGAAGACCAUGCCCACCACCCAGAGCUUUGCCUCAGACCCCAAGUAUGCUACACCACAAGUGAUCCAGGCACCCGGCCCACGGGCUGGUCCCUGCAUCCUACCCAUCGUCCGUGAUGGCAAGAAGGUCAGCAACACCCACUAUUACCUGUUGCCCGAGCGCCCACCCUACCUGGAACGCUACCAGCGCUUCCUGCGUGAGGCCCAAAGCCCUGAAGAGCCGGCCCCCUUGCCUGUGCCCCUGCUGCUGCCCCCACCCAGCACCCCAGCCCCUGCCGCCCCCACUGCCACUGUUCGACCAAUGCCCCAGGCUGCCCCAGACCCCAAGGCCAACUUCUCCACCAACAACAGUAACCCAGGGGUCCGGCCACCAGCCCUGAGGGCCACUGCACGGCUGCCACAGAGGGGCUGCCCUGGGGACGGGCCAGAGGCUGGACGACCGACAGACAAGAUCCAGAUGCUGCAGGCCAUGGUGCAUGGGGUGACCACAGAGGAGUGCCAGGCGGCCCUGCAGAGUCACAGCUGGAGCGUGCAGAGGGCUGCCCAGUAUCUGAAGGUGGAGCAGCUCUUUGGGUUGGGUCUGCGGCCGCGAAGCGAGUGCCACAAGGUGCUGGAGAUGUGUGACUGGAACCUCGAGCAGGCAGGCUGCCACCUCCUGGGCUCCUGCGGCCCCGCCCACCACAAGCGCUGAGAUGUCUGAAGAGCCAGAGGGUCUGCCCUGAAGGAAUCACUUGAGCCUGUCCAUCUGACAAGGGUGGGGAGAAGACCUGCCCAGGCCUGGAGGACCUGCUGCCACUUGCCGUGGCAGAGCAAAGCCAAGGCAGCGGGAGACUGGGAGCCCCGCCUUGCUGUCCCUCCCUCACCCAGUGCUGUCCCUGCAACUUUGGAUCAGCUCUUGGUGCCCUUAGCCAAGGGGUGGGAAGGAACCCCACGAAGGCAGGCCUGGUGGCCGCCUCAGCAGGCCCUGCAGCUGACCUGCUUCUGGCUCCAGCCGCUGGUUGGGCCUGUGGCCGGAGUGUGUUUCCAUGCUCUGACAGUGGGGAAGCAGGGCUUGACUCAUGCAGGGAGGAUGUGUUGGCCACACAGAAAGGUGGACCAGCACCCAGCAAGCCCUCCCAGGGUAGGGCCCUUCUCCAGGGAUCCCCUGGAGGGCAGUUAGGGUGUCGGAGAGAAUGUGACUUGUGGCCUCACCAUGGAUAUGUUAUGGGACUAGGCUGGUCUUAGGAUCUUGUGCCUGGAAAUAGCCCUGAGUGGCUCAGGAAGCAGAGCGAGGGUGCCAGAUUGUUCUCUGGCAGGGACCAGGGCCCAAGGCCCCAGGGUUGGAAGGAGACCAAGGGGGCAGCUGCCCUGGAGGGAUACCAGUGCUUCCUCUUUGACCCAGCUCCUCCCCUGUGCUGUUCUGUGUUUUCCUACCAGCCUGUGUCGCCAAAGUUGCUGCCCCAGCUAUGGAUACCUGCUUCUUCCAGAGAAAUAAAGUUAGUUUCUAUUUUAUGUUA